UCAUUCCCGCGUCCCACCCGACUUCUCUCUCUAGCCUACAGGCGUGGGGCAGAAUUUCACCCAAAAAGUUGGAAAAAUUAAAGCAAAGAAAAGUAAAGGAUGUGUUAAAAAACAAAAAAAAAAAGGUAAGUACAAAAAAAUUCAAAUCUUUCACUCCCGAAAAAUGAAACCAACGCUUUUGUUGCUGAUGGGUGUAAAAUCACGUCCUCAUAAUACACAAAAGUAGGAGAAAUAAAGCAAAAAGAUAAGAUUUGUAAAACACAAAACUAAGAGAAGUAACGCAAAAAUAUUAGAUUUACAUACAACCCCCUGGUCCCUGGUGGUGGUGUGCUCCUAGAGGGAGAAAGACACAUAGAGAAGAGAGAGAGACAGAGAGAGAUAGAAGAGAAGGAAGAUAUGUCUCUAAUAUUAUAGUUUGAGAGAAAACUGGUGUUCUGGGUUUUGUUGGUUGUUGAAAAAAAUAUAAUUUUGGAGAUGUCAGGUGGUGGUUGCAGUGUGGUUUGGUUCAGGAGAGAUCUGAGGGUUGAAGAUAACCCAGCUUUGGCAGCUGCAGUGAGAGCAGGAGGUGUGGUUUGUGUCUUCAUCUGGGCUCCUGAUGAAGAAGGCCCUUAUUAUCCUGGAAGGGUGUCAAGAUGGUGGCUUAAACACAGCUUGGCUCAUCUGGAUUCCUCCCUAAAAAGUCUGGGUGCUUCUCUCAUCACCAAAAGAUCCACUGACAGUGUUUCUUCUCUCCUUGAAGUUGUUGUUUCCACUGGUGCCACUCAGCUUUUCUUCAACCACUUAUAUGAUCCUAUAUCACUGGUUAGGGAUCACAGGGCCAAGGAGGUUUUAACUGCUCAAGGCAUAGCUGUGCGUUCCUUUAAUGCGGAUUUGCUCUACGAACCAUGGGAUGUUAUUGAUGUCCAUGGUCGGCCGUUCACAACCUUCGAUGCCUUUUGGGGAAGAUGCCUUAGCAUGCCAUAUGACCCGGAUGCACCACUUCUUCCCCCUAAGAGAAUUAUUUCAGGUGAUGCAUCAAGGUCUCCUUCUGAUACAUUGGUUUUUGAAGAUGAAUCCGAGAAGGGAAGUAAUGCACUUCUUGCUCGAGCAUGGUCACCUGGGUGGAGUAAUGCUGAUAAGGCUCUGACUACAUUUAUAAAUGGACCCUUACUUGAUUACUCUAAUAACCGCAGAAAGGCUGAUGGCGCUACAACAUCUUUACUUUCUCCCCAUUUGCAUUUUGGGGAGGUGAGUGUGAGAAAGGCAUUUCAUCUUGCUCGUAUGAAGCAGGUUGUUUGGGCCAAUGAAGGCAACAAGGCUGGUGAAGAGAGUGUAAACUUGUUUCUGAAGUCUAUUGGUCUUCGGGAAUAUUCAAGAUACAUUAGUUUUAAUCAUCCUUACAGUCAUGAAAGACCUCUUCUUGGGCACCUAAAGUUCUUCCCCUGGGUAUUAGAUCAAAAGUAUUUCAAGGCAUGGAGACAAGGUAGAACUGGCUAUCCAUUGGUGGAUGCGGGCAUGAGAGAGUUGUGGGCCACUGGUUGGCUACAUGAUCGAAUACGAGUAGUAGUUUCUAGUUUCUUCGUAAAGGUUCUGCAACUUCCAUGGAGAUGGGGGAUGAAGUAUUUCUGGGAUACACUCUUAGAUGCUGAUCUUGAAAGCGAUGCUCUUGGUUGGCAGUAUAUAUCUGGUACUUUACCUGAUGGUCGUGAAUUUGACCGCAUAGAUAAUCCACAGUUUGAGGGUUACAAAUUUGAUCCAAAUGGAGAAUAUGUGCGGAAGUGGCUUCCUGAACUUGCUAGGCUACCAACUGAAUGGAUACACCACCCGUGGAAUGCACCAGAAUCUGUUCUACAAGCAGCUGGAAUUGAAUUAGGAUCGAAUUACCCUCUACCUAUUGUAGGCAUAGAUGCAGCGAAAACCCGGUUGCAAGAAGCUUUAUCAGAGAUGUGGCAGCACGAAGCUGCUUCAAGAGCCGCUGUUGAAAAUGGGACUGAGGAAGGACUUGGAGACUCCUCAGAAUCAGUACCAAUUGCCUUUUCUCAAGACAUACAAAUGGAGGAAAAUAAUGAACCUGCAAGGAACAACCCUCCUGGCACUCGGAAGUAUGAGGAUCAAAUGGUCCCAAGCAUUACUACUUCGUUGGUUAGAGCUGAAGAGGAAGAAACUUCUUUGGAACUUCAAAAUUUGACAGAAGAAACCAGAGCGGAAGUGCCUACAGACUUAAUUGUGAAUCAGGAACCAAGAAGAGACAUAUUAAACCAAGGGUUUUUUCAGACUAUUCAUAACAAUGCUCUUCCACAAUCCAAUGCUGCAAUAGGGCUACAACACGCUGUUGAAGAUUCGACUGCAGAAUCUUCCAGUAGCACUAGGCGAGAGAGGGAUGGAGGUGUAGUUCCAGUUUGGUCUCCUUCAAGUUCUAGCUACUCGGAGCAGUUUGGGAGUGAAGACAAUGGCAUUGGAACAAGUUCGUACUUGCAGAGACAUCCUCAGUCUCACCAAAUAAUGAAUUGGAGGCGGCUAUCUCAAACUGGUUAAGAGCUUCAAGACGUAUCACAAUAUGGAAUCGAUCUGCUGGUCUCGUGAAACAUAUAGAUGCAAAUAGGGGAACGGAAAGAGUGCUGUGCGGCGUAAUGAUGCACGCCAUCUAAUGGAUUCGGGAAGGUGAACUUGUCAUCCACAUUGACCGUACGACUCUUCUCUGGCACGAGUGCCUGUAUUCCAAUUAAUACAGGCAACUUAUUAGCUAUCCAUUUUUUUUUUCUUGUUCCACCAUAAUGUAGCUCUGGUGUAUAGCAAUGUUGUAUUUAUAAAGGAAGAGAGUGAAAUAAGAUCUGCAGUCUCUCAGGUGUUUUUCGCUCAUUCCAUUGGUAACAGAUGCUUGGAACAUAUUCUAUGUAUCCACGUUUACCUCUUCUUGUAGGUUUGAAAUUUUACUGGUCUGUUAACUUG